GACCUGAGAGUCCGUGGUCUCCCUGCUAGGACGACGUGUUGCCUCGACGCCACGAUCAAUGGCACGUGCGCUGUGCUUUGCUGUGCCACACGGACCAGCGACAAGGAGUGAAGUUUUAGCCAUGACGUCAUCCUGGCCGGCACCCACCGGACACAAUUCAGCCUCUGAUAUCUCGUCGCCUCGUUCAUCAUUUGGCAACUGCCGGAGAUACCUGCUUGCUCUGUCUAUCGUUGUCCUCUUCUGUCCUUCUGUCACUCCACAAAGACAUUCAUGGGAGGCCCCUGGGUGUCACUUGGUAGGGCACACUCGUACUGUGUCCAUCCCUGGCUGUGUGUCCUUUGAGGUGACCACCAACGCCUGCAGAGGCUUCUGUGUCUCUUACGCCAUACCAUCGCCUAGUCACACCUUGGCAGUCAACCGGAACUUUGUCAUUACCUCCAGGGCUGAGUGCUGUGGGAUUGUGGACACCCAUGACGUGAAAGUGUGGGUCGCAUGCAGAAGUGGGUUCCAGCAGAAGACCUUCAAGUCUGCUCGCAGCUGCCAAUGCUCCAUCUGCAGACGAUCACAGUGACCCCAGGAUGACCCCUACACGGCGAAAGUCAAAUCCAAAUUCCAUUGCUGUGGACAAAGCGCUUGAUGUCUAAUUAAUGAUCGGCACAUUAUUAUAACGACAGCAGGCAGAGUCAAUAAGUGAGACAGCGUGGUGGAAUCAGGUUCUUGUCAAUUUUUGGGCAAGUAGAGUCAUUGGUAUCAUCUUAAAGUGUGUUCACUUGUUAUUUGGAUGAAAAAGUAUCCAUUUAUCUUGAAUACAAGUCGAGAUAUUUACUAAAGAAGAUCGGGUCACCUGUUUUUAGAGGUAAAAUUAGUGAGAAAGUAGCCAAAGGUUAGUUAAUUCUUUAGCUCAAGAGUCCGCUUUAACUGA